AGUAUACUUCGAUUUUCUUUGCCUAUUUUUGUAAUUUUCAUCACGAUGUGUGCUCACUACACCCUUGAGUUUUUCUCGGUGACAGCUCUCGCCUGUCUCGUCACUCUUUUACCAUGCUUAGUCGAAGCGCAAAACGCCUGCAACAUACACCGUUAUGCCAGUCAAAACAUUGUGUACCAACAGGCUGUCUCGGUCAAUACUUUUGUGCAAUCGAAUACCACUUUCUUUCCCCUAGCCGAAACCGAGGCAGCAAUUACUGUUACAGAGGCGCCAAUAUCGAUCGAUCUCAUAACCACGCUCUCUUGGACAAAGACACUUCUUUCCACAGCUUCCACGUCUACUCUCUCUAGCGACACAGCCCCAACGGCAACAGAUUCCUCUUUCAUUCUCUUCAUAAGAUCAGACACUAGGUUACACCAGAAGCGACAGAGUGGGUUCUACGUCAACGCGAACGGAAGUGUCACGAACGACUGUACAAAUGCUCCCAUAUAUUCGAUCCGGAAUGGUGUAUUGACAGCGACAAUCAACAAUGUCGUCUACUACUAUUCAACCAGUCCAGGAGUACCAUAUUCGCAAUUCGUCCCUACACUAACACCAGGAACUAUCUUGACUUCAUUCUCGGCCACGAGCAAUGGUCAGCUUUCGUGGUUCAAUUCACAAUUCUACAACGGACAAGCACAAUUCUGCUCCCUAAGUAACGGCACCGUGUACGCGGUCUAUCAACAAGAUGCAGCGCCUUCUGGAUGCAUGUUCAUUCAACUUUCUUUGUUUUCGGUGUCUUCAUGCGCUGCGUUGGCUAUAAGUUCUGGUCCAAGUGGUCCUAGUGGUCCUAGUGGUCCUAGUGGUCCUAGUGGUCCUAGUGGUCCUAGUGGUAAUAUUGGUCCGAGCGGUCCAAGUGGUCUUGCUGGUUCUAGCGGUCCCUCGGGGCCUAGCGUAAGCUGAAUAUCCACGCGACCAGAUCUGUCGUCUGACCUUAAGUAGGGACCUUCCGGCGCUUCUGGCCAACCAGGUAGUACUGUAAGUUUCUAUCCACGCAC